AUAGUUCAUACUUUAUUCUAAAAAUUCUCUGUGCAAAACUGCAAAUUAAUUGCAUCAUAGUUCUAAUUUAGCACAUUAAAACCAAGUCAUCAAUUUUAUAGUCUAGUCAGUGAAUUUUCCUAUAAAAAUCUUUAAAGAUUAAAGAAAUACAAUGGAUUUUCGAGACUUGUUUCGCAAUCUCUUGGGGAUAAAUCGUGGAUUUCUUCCCCCACCGACAGAAGGAAAUAAUUAUGACACCCCAAGUAAUCAAAAUCCCGACAACAAUAUUCGAGGCCGACAAAACAAUGCUCCGUUUGACUUCCCAAAUCACAAUCAUAGGUCAACUUUUGUUUUUGGAGAAAUGUUCAACUCUAUGGAAGAUAUGUUUAAAGAAAUGGAACAGUCAAUGAAAGAUAUCGAUUCAUUCUUUCAAGAUUUAGGAAACCUAGACGGGUUUAUUGGUUCACAUCAGGAGGACCUUCCAAGUUUACCUAUGCCAUUGCAAAAGAGUGAUGAAAAUGUGAGAAACUGGGUUUUAAAGGAACCCGAAAAAGUACCUAUUCUUGACAAAUCCGAGAAAAUAGACAAAGAUUUGGAUGAUUUAUUUACAAAUUCUGUGCUACCCUUGACUGACUUACCGGAGGCACCAAAGGACAUUGUCCCAUCUCCUCCUACUGCUAGAAGCAGUCAAACGCCAAGGUGGGGUGAUAUCCAGUCUAGUUUUGAAAGAGUGUAUUCUACACACAGUUUCAAAAAUGGGCGAUGGGAAGGAAAAAUAAUCAAAGAAAAUAACAAUGGGAAAGAAAUCACAAGCUACUCAAGAAAUGGCGAUACAGGAGAACAAGUGGAAACCACAGAGUUUAUCCCGAAUACGUCGGCUCCUCCUGAAUCAACGUUCAAUGAAAACCGGUUAAUUCAUCCAGGAGACAAGGAACAACAACAAGCGUUUAACCCAUUUCAAAUUUUCGAACGAUUAUUUAAACCCCGCCUGUAGCAGAUAUCGUACGCCAAUUUAAAUUGGACUACUGUCUUUAAUUCUUAGCGCAUAUAAAUAUGUUUAAUCGUCAAUACCUACAUCGGUAUGUUGGGUAUCAUCAAGCCAUCAAAAGUCUAAUAAAUUUACUAGUCAAAAGUCGUCGCGUGUGUUUCCC